UGCUAGUCUAGCAAUUCAUCAAUGGCAAUUUCUGACCCAGAAAGUUUUCAAGAUUACAAUGAAAUCUUUGAAGAAAAAGAUUGCUGUAAUAACUCUGAGUCCGACCCGGAUUAUCAUUUGGGUACGGACUCAAGUUACAGCAAUGACAAGGACACUAGCACCAAGUUCCAUAACUUGUCUAUCAAGAAAAAAUCAAGUUUUGCCAAGGAUUCUGAUUUCAGUAAUGUGAAAGACCCAGAGUUGGGGAUGGAUUUUUCACACAUUGAUGAUAAAAGUUACGAGAAUGUUCAAAAUAUUAUUAAAGAUGGGAGGCUAGAGAAGCUUAAAGUAGAUGAGUGUAAAGUUUAUCUGAGGAGAAAUGGACUUAGAUUGAGUGGAAACAAGGAUGUUCUUAUUCAACGCAUAAAGGAGCAUUUAGAAAUCUCAAAUGGUGGAGGGGAGAAGAAAUAUCCAUUAUCAAGCUUUGCAGUGAACUGCAAAGGUGAUGCAUGCACUGGUGAUGUUGUUAUGUUUGAGCAGAAUGUUUAUGAAAUGUUUAACAUGGCAUCGCGAAGAGCUUCUGGUCCUCCAUGUGGUACAAGAAUUGUUGUAGGGCGCAUUGUCAAAGAAAGCUAUGGCAGUGCCAAGCAGCAGCAUACAUUUACUAUAGAGGUCCUUUGGAGUAAAGGAGAGAAACCACUUCCUCCACUUCAUCCCCUCCUAAUCAAGGGUCGAAACCUUUACCGACUAAAGACCUUGAGACAGAGAUGGGAGGAUGAAGGGGAGAGGCAAAAAGUUUUGGUGGAAAAGCAUUCAAGGGGCUUACUAGCCAGGUCAGAUAGAGAAGUGCGGAUCCAGGAAAAGGAAAGGAGGAAAAUGCUCAGAUCAAAUAGAGUCUUAAAAAGAGAAGAAAAGAACAAGAAAAAGUCCCAGACCCAGUUAAGUUCAACAACAACAACAAAGGAAAUUCAACCUCGACAGCCAAGUUCAUAUACUAAUUCAGGGUUCAUAGCACCCCAACAUCAACAAUCAGGUUCAAUUGUUGAAGGAGGACACCUAACAAGUCAAAACCAUGGGUCAGGAUUGCUUUUUGAUUUGGAGAAGCUAUCAAUUAGAAGUCGUCAGUCAGUUUCUAGUCAUAACAAUCAUUUACGAGAUCAAGUUCCUCAUAAUUUGGUUGAGACCAGUGGCAUUCAGGAGGUGAAGCUUCAAAAGGGUGAUAAAAUUUACUUGAACAGCAUCCAACCAAACUUCCCUAUGGAUAGAUACUGGAAUCUUACCAAUGGCAGAUUCAUAGCAAAUGAAUUUCCAGAGACGAAUUAUCGUAGACAACGGCUAAAAAGCAUGAACCAUUGUCAUCCAGCAACUCCACCACAGAGACAAGGCUUCCUCCAACAAAUUUGCCGAUAUUAUUCUCAAGGACGAUGCUAUUAUGGAGAAAAUUGCAAAUUUUUGCAUGAACCAAGAGAGUUGCAUGUAGCAGAGGAAAGAGGUGCCAAAGGCAAUUCAAGUAAGAUGGCUUUAUGAACAAUCAAAAAUUUUGUAUGUAGAAAGACUGAUGGGACUUUUCAUAGUGUAAAGGAGUAAUUAAGAAUCAUGUUUUCAGUCACUUUUAUUCGGAGAUUACUAUAUUGCCAUUGUCUUGGAA